AGACUGCAAUAUGCUAUGAGCAACUUACUACCGCAAACCUCCUUUUGGCUCUAGGCGCCUCAACCAAUGUCUCAACCAAAAUUCUAGGCGGCGACUGCAUGUUCACCGAUGACCCAUACGUUACCGCUCUUCAUACAGCUUGUGAGCUGGGCUCCGUUGAGAUGUGCGGGCACCUGAUCGACAGCCUGUACCAGACGAAUUUGGAAGCCAAGGACCACGUCGGUAGAACUCCCCUUGUAUAUGCGUAUUACAACGAGAAUUGGUCGUGUAUAGAUUAUCUCAUAAGCAUGGGUGCUACUAUCAACACCAAAUGCGGCCCAUUUAGCCUUUUUCAGCACGCCUGCAACUACGGUCAGUUUGCUGAAGCCAAUCGGUUACUGGAGCUGGGCGCGGACAUCGAUGUUACGUUUAGCACGCCCGGCGAUGAGACGUCUUCGUUGGCCUGUUGUUGCUAUGGAGGGCGCUUAGAAAGAAGAAACAAGCUCUGGAACGACCGAGCUGAGCGUCAGUCACACUUGAGGGUCAAAGUGACGCAACUGCUUAUUGAUCGCAAGGUAGAUAUUGAGAAGGGCUGGAAGGACUCGACACCACUCAUGGAAGCAGCGGCUUCACAUCUAUCAGAGCUCGUUGAGCUAUUGCUUUCUGCUGGCGCAGACGCCAAUGUUGAGGAUGCGAACAGCAAUUCAGCACUGGUAAAAGCCUGCCAGUCGACGAGCAGCUCAAUGCCUGGGCCCAUGCUUCGAACGGUUCUGGCACUUCUGAACUGCAAGCCUAAACGUGCGCAGUGCCGGGUAGCCCUCGCAGCUCUAUGUAAUACCAAGGAUCUUGAGCACAACACAGAUCGCGAAACCGCUGCUCAGCUUUUGCUCGACUACGCCGGGAAUUCAUCAAUCGCCCGCAGUGUGGGCCAGAGCCUUCUUGCCUCGUCUAUCGUCAACGGUAAUACCGGCCUUGCUGCAACAUGGGCGGGACUUGGAGUAAAGCCGACGAAGAAGAUGAUUCAGACUAUUGCUCGCAGAGCAAUCGAAACAGAGUUCUCCUCGGCCCUCGAAUAUGUUCUGGACAAUUUUCGCGGUUCUGCUCCUUUGCUAUUGUCGGGCCACUUGCUCCUCAAGGCACUCGCAGCUGGAAGCAAACUGUGUGCUAUCGUACUGCUUAUGAGAGGUUCACAGUUUGAUGUCCGCUCAGAAGAAGGGGAAACGUGUUUAUUCCUAGCUUGUCAAUCUAAAGGGACUUCUUUAGCAGACAUGUUACUCGUAAGGGGUGCAGAUCCUAACAGCUGCAACGACGACGGUACCUAUCCACUUCUUCCAGCAAUCGCCAAUGAAAACAGGAAACUGAUUGCCCUCCUAAUGAAACACGGCGCCAUGAUCCACCACGAUCCCAGUGGGCUCCAAGGAUCUCCUUUAGAUCUGGCUAUCAUGUUGGGAAAGGCCAACGUUGUGCGGGAAAUAAUAGCACAAGAGGCAUACUGGGAUUCAACGAAGCAAGAACGCAGCGCACACUUGCGUGUUGCGUGCACCAACCCAGCAGGUCACUUUGAAGAUGAACACAUUUUGUAUACGCUUAUAAAUGCUGGAGGUGUAGAUAUUGAUUCACCUAUUGCAACCGGGCUCUUUGCAGCAACCCCUUUGCAUUUUGCUAUCGCAGCUGAGAACAACAGUGCUAUCAAAGUUCUGAUGAAAGAAGGAGCCAAGAUCCACCGCAAAAUUUCUGGACAACCGAUCGAACGCCAGCCAGGGACUGACUCGGCUGGAGGAGCCGAGGACCUCAUUGCAGGCACAACACCUAUGGAGUUUGCUCUAAAAUGCGGAGACGUGGCCAUCGCAACCAUGAUGAUGGAUGACGAAGAGCACACGGCGUCUUCCGCUCAUCGUUAUAUGCUCGAACUUGAUGACGUCUAUGUGCCGUGGAUAGAACACACUGACGACGUACCAAUUGUCGACUAUGUCAAGGCUGUUUGUCACAGACAUAAUCAAAGUCUUCUCGCGAGGCUCCUCACUCGAGGUAUUUCUCCAAACAUCCAAGAUGCCCAUGGGAAAACACCGAUAAUGUUGUUAUGCGAAGCCUGGGACAAGCAUGGCGAUGACCCAGCGUGGGCGCCUGGUGCGGUGGCUUCGCGCAUAGGAAAGUGCAUAGGAAUGCUGUUUCACAACCGGGUAGGCGCUAACCCAUCUAUUUGCGACAAAAAAGGAAAGUCCGGCCUCGACUAUAUACGACAAAGGAUGGCAUCUACUGAGGUCACUGAUCAUUGGAACGACGCAUUCGUCAUUGAAGGAGACUCUGUCAAGUCGCUGUUAUAAGCAGUGAUGCUGAAGCUGCAAUAAGCAUAUUAUUGUGCACAAAGCACAUUGACCACAUCGAGAAGAAAGUCCGAAUUCUUUUGCAUGAAUGUGGAAACACUCUCCUUGAUGUACUACUUCGCGCUUGAUCAUUAGAUU